GCAAGACAUCUGUAUAUUUGUGACUUCCACAAAAACUUAAUUCAGAGUGUGCGAAAUAGAAGAAAGAGGAAAGGCAGCGAUGAUGAUGGUGACUCACCCGUGCAAGACAUCGACACUCCAGAGGUUGAUUUAUAUCAGUUACAAGUAAAUACACUUCGAAGGUACAAAAGACACUUCAAGCUACAGACCAGACCAGGACUUAACAAAGCACAGCUCGUUGAAAUAAUUGGCUGCCACUUUAGGACAAUUCCAGUGAAUGAAAAGGACACCUUAACAUAUUUCAUCUACUCGGUGAAGAAUGAGAAGAACAAGCCAGAUCUAAAGAUGGAUAGUGGGGUUCAUUAGACGGAAAAGGUUGGGACUGAGUCUCAGGCUGCAAAUCAAAAGACUGAGGUUUUGUUGAUAUGCAGAAGCUUUCUUUGUAACUUUUUCUCCCCAGAGACUUUGUCUCUGUUUUAUUUUUCAUAACCUUGCUGAUUUGUUUGAAAACCAUCUCUUAGGAAACAAAUUUCCUCAGCAAAAGUAUUUUAAAUAAAUAUCACUGAUACUGUUGCUC